CCCUUGGCAGAAACAACAAAAGUACGUGCUUAACUUAACAAAAGACAUCUAGUGAGGCUAUUUGUCUAAUACAUGAAUAAUAAUUGUAUGAUAUACAAUAACAGUCAAAUAAUGUCAAAUACUAAUGAAAAAGUCAGGUUAAUAAACUUUGUUGUUUUUGCCAAGCAUGCGCCAUGUUCGUCCAUUCUGACAAAACAUUGGAUUAUCUAAUUGGUAACAUUCGCUCAGGGUAAACACAGGGGUAUGUUACAUCCCUGGUCUCUUUAAUCUAAGUGUCGUCUCUACUUCAUUCUAUCUCGAUGAUGUUCACACAGAACAAUUGACGUACGUUCAAAAUAUGAAGACUGUUCAAAAUUUGACUAUUCUUCAAAUCACGUUAGAACAGUGCCUUCGAUUUUUUGAUAAAAUUAAUUUUUAAAAUCUCUUCUGUAGAAUUUCAAGUGGGUUGAUGUGGACUCUAAGUGCACUGCCUCAGACCACCAUUCCAUACUACUGAUGACUAUCAACCAAUGCAAAAUAUAGCAUUUUCAUUGCUUUUACUGGUAGGUGUUCAUUCAGGUACAAUAUGCAUAAUUUCGUCAGAGAUGCACUUCGGUUGGACCUCUCCCUCCCUACCGGCUUUGACGGACGGCAGUUACAAAUUCCGCAUCACCAAUAGUGAAGCAUCUUGGUUGGCUGUGAUCCUGCUAGCAGGAACCGUUUUGGGCGCCGUCAUAGCCGGCAGACUAACCGAUAUUUUGGGUAGGAAAAAAAUCAUUUUAAUCACAUCUGUACCGCUGUGGAUAGGAUGGAUCACUAUUGGGCUGGCCAAAAGUUCCACGGCUUUAUUUGUGGCCAGAUUUGUGGCUGGAAUUUCUAGCGGGUUGUCGUUUUCCACCGUACCAAUGUAUUUAGCUGAAAUUGCAGAGCCCAAGAUAAGAGGCUUGGUCACAUCCUUGUGUCCUGUAUGCGUAGUCCUAGGCGUUCUAUCGAUCAACGUCAUAGGAUCAAUAUUCACCAUCGACACCACGGCAUACUUAGCAAGCUCUCUACCAUUAAUAUUGUUUAUAACCUUUAUUUGGAUGCCUGAAAGUCCUUCUUAUCUUCUACAGAAAAGCAAGCGGGAGAAAGCUAUCAAAGUUUUGAAUUUAUUGCGCGAGAAGAACGAAGCAGUUGAAGAAUUAGAUAGGAUAACGAAGUCAUUAGCGGAGAGCACCGAAGAGGGAAGAUUGGUGGAUUUGUUCAUGGACAAAACCAACAGGAAGGCUGUUUUAAUAGCAUACGGAUUAAGGACUAUACAACAAUGCUGUGGAGCUACAGCAUUGACGUUUUACUGUAAAACUAUUUUCCAAGAAAGUGAAAGUAUUUUAUCUUCCAAUGUAUCUACGAUAAUUUACUUCUCUUUGCAGUUACUAGUAUCGAUUCUAGCGAUAUUUUUAGUUGAUAUAUAUGGAAGAAAACCUUUGUUACUUGUAUCAACGAUUGGUACUACAUUGACCCUAUUUUCAAUGUCUUUUUACUUGUUCAUGAAAGACCAUACUGGAAUUAUGGUGUCGCAUCUCAAGUACCUACCUUUAAUAGCGUUGUUUCUAAAUAUAAUAUUUUUCAGUGUAGGUGUUAGGAUAGUACCGUUGUUGAUGAUGGGUGAGGUGUUUUCAAGGAAAAUCAAGGGUAAAGCUCUUUGUGUUGGUACCAUCUAUUACAGCAUACUAGCUAUGAUUUUCGCGAAAGUCUUCUACGAUACGAAAGAAGCUUACGGUUUAUUCGUUCCAUUUUUCGGGUUCUCCGUUCUUUCUUUUUGUAGCAUAUUUUUCGUUACUUUUUUAGUACCGGAGACUAAGGGAUUAAAUUUGGAGGAAAUUCAGGAGAUAUUGAAAGGAAAUGUGAUCGAGCGUACAGACAGUAAGUUAUAAAAGAUUUAGGUGUCGAUUAAAAAUUUGUUUUUGUUAAAUAUUAAAUUAUUAGAACUGUAGAAUUUUGUAUGAACAAUAAAACAAUGUCAGCACA